UUCGUUGAAGAGCACAAACUCACUAAAGAGAUGGGCCUCGAAGAGCUUAGCCAAUACGCACCAGAAAUACUUGACCUCUUAACAGAUGAUAAAGAGAAAAGGCGCCAAGCCCGUAAUCGUCUUAUAAAGGGGUAUAACUUUAGCAAAGAGCAGGCAUUUGCAUUGAUUCCACUCCAGAGAGUUGGGAGAUACAAAAGUCAAGUGCCCCUCAAAGAAGGUGGAGCAAAAGCUGAGGAAGUGAAUAUAUGUCAAGUAUCUGAUAGUACUUGUUUCAGGGAGACUAUUAAAGAAACGGCUCAGCGUAUUAUGAAAGAUAAACUUAGUAAAAAAGAUAUAAAAGCAAUAUCUAGAAACUUAGUUGAAACUGCCUCUGAUCUCGUUGUUGUCUUAUCCUGUCUCUCUAGGCUUCGAAGAGAAUUGCGAGCUAUCAAUGCUUCAGAAAAAAUAAUUUCUGCUACAUUAAAUCCAGAGGUAACCAAAUUAUCUAACAAAGUCCAAAAAGAGUGUAGCGAGCAACGCGAAAAUGAAGGAAUCGAUUUUUCGGACCACUUCUCGUUAGAAUCAGUUAAGGAGAGACUGGAUUUGUAUAAUGUAUCUAAUAUACCCGAUAAACAAGCCCUAGCUGAUGUAAUGAUCAUGCUCUGUAUUCGCCCUUCAGAAAUUAAAAGCCUGCGCAUAUUUAAUGGCAGUAUAACAGAUUAUGCAAAAAACCAAGGUCAACAGGACAUCCCUCGAGAAGCAAUCAUUUCUGGGGAGUUAAGGAAUCCAGGAAAGCUUGGAUCUACAUACUUAAGUACGUUUCUGAAAAAAGAUGAGUUUUUUCCAGAAAGCGGUAAGCCAUUACUUCCUAGCUCUUUACGCAAAUUAGAAGCAGUAUUUGCUUCUGUAGUAUAUGGGUCUAAAAAUGUGUCGAAAGCUAACACUUAUGCUAAUGAAGCCCUUCGGCAUUCACCCGAUAACCAUGCUUCUCCAUCUAAGAGAUACACUAUAGUCAAUAUGCAGAGAAGAGGAGAACCAUAUAAUCAGACAAAGGCAUUCGAGCUCUUCGAUAAAAACUAA